AGCAUUAUUUUGUGUUCUUAGGUCAAAAAUAAAACCUUCAGAGCCCAAAUGGCGGUCAGAGCCAAGAUGGAUGAGCAGGCCUCUCCAUGGUACUCCAGCUUCUACAACUCGAUUAAGCAGACUCCCACAAAUGUGACCCUCCUGGUUGUGUCGGCAAUUGUCUUCUACAAGGUGGUGAGUCUGACCCGGCGGCGACGUCUUCCUCGGGAUCAGAAAGCACUCGGCUCGAAUCCGAUUAGCUCUGAUAUUAAAUCAAACCGGGAUUGUGGACUUCCUGCGCUGCAUAGCGACUUUACGGUGGGCGAGCUAAGAGAAUUCGAUGGAUCACGACACGACGGUCGCAUUCUGGUGGCUAUCAACUUCAACGUGUACGAUGUCUCCAAUUCCCCGCACUACUAUGGCCCCCAUGGCGUCUAUCCCAACUACGCCGGUAGAGAUAUUUCACGAAACUUGAUCAAUUUUUCCGUAGAGUCUAACGAAAGUGCGGAUUUUGACGAUUUAAGUGACCUUUCAAUUGGCCAAAUGAAUAUACUACGGGAGUGGGAUCAACAGUACAGUGAAAAGUAUCCUUAUGUUGGCAAACUUUUACGUGAUGGCAUCCCUCACACAAAUUAUGCAGACGAGGAGACUGACGAGUAUGACGAGGAAGACAAAAUAGAGGAUAACGAGGACUACAAAAUGGAUGUUACUGCGCUGGAUAACGAGAAGGAUGAAGUAAAUAAUAAAGAAAAUAAUGUGGAUAAUGUAGAGGAUAUCGUACAAAAUUUCGUUGAUGAAAACAUUAAUGUUAACGAAGAAAAGGAGGAUUCCAAUACCAACGAGAACGGGGAGAUGGACAACGAAAAUACUCAUGAAGAAAACCAAAACAUAUAA